CUCCUUCAACCAAGCAGUCAUGAAUUUCUGGGAGACGGUGCUUUCUGCUUUCCUCGCCUCCCUUUUGGCCAUCAUUCUUGGUGGCCUUUAUACAAUCGGGGCCUUUCGCAAGAGGAGACCCAAAGAACCUCCGUUGGACAAAGGCUUCAUUCCUUGGCUCGGAUAUGCGAUACAAUUCAGGAAGAGUCCUGCAGAGUUUUUGGAAAGAAUGCGAAAGAAACAUGGAGAUAUCUUCACCGUCUUGGUUGGUGGCAAUUAUAUAAAUUUUGUGGCAGAUCCACAUACGCACGAACCCUUAAUGAAGGAACCCAAAGAAAAACUGGAUUUUGAAAAGUUUUCAUCAACGGUUGUUCAUAAUGCAUUUGGUUUCCAGCCCACUCAAGUUCAUCAUCAUGCUGUGCAAACAAUUAGCAAGAAGUUUCUGAAUGGGAAGCAUCUCAGUGAACUGAACCAAGUGAUGAUGGAGAAAUUGCAAAUUUCAAUGCUUAAAGGCCAUGGCCCAGGCAAUGGGCAAAGAACUUGGCAUCAAGCUGGACUCUUCCAUUUCAGCUACAAAACUAUUUUCCAAGCAGCUUUUCUGUCUUUAUUCGGCACCAAGUCAGACAAAGAAAGCGGAAGCAAAGACAGUUCAGUAGAGACCAAUCUAGCACAAUGUGAAAAGAUAUUUGAAAUAUUUCAUAAAUUUGACCAUUAUUUCCCACAACUUGCUGUCAAACUGCUGGAUCCCAUAGGACAGGCGGAGACACAGAAAUUACAGAGCAUCUUGUGGGGCAUUCUGUCCGUAGAUAAACUGUAUCAGAGGGACGACAUCAACAGCUGGGUGGUUGAAAAUGAUCGGGAGAUGGUUAACAUUGGAAUGACGGAAAAGAUGAGGACUCAGUUCUUGCUUCUGCUUCUCUGGGCAUCUCAAGCUAACACUGGUCCAGCCACGUUCUGGAUUAUUUUGUACCUUUUGAAACAUCCAGAAGCAAUGAAGGCAGUGAGGGAAGAACUGGGCAGAGUCCUCAAGGAGACGGGCCAGGAGGUGAAGCCAGGAAGCCCCUUCCUCAGUUUGGCUUUGGAUAAAAUAAAGACCCCUCUUCUGGACAGCGCAAUACAGGAAACGUUGCGCUUGAAAGGAAGUGUUUUUAUUAUCAGAGGUGUCAUGGAAGACAUAGAUAUUAAGAUGGGAGAUGGCAGGGAAUAUAUAUUGCGGAAAGGGGACACUCUGUUUCUUUUCCCCUACAUUGGAUUGCACAUGGAUCCGGAAAUUUACCCUGAUCCUCAGACUUUCAAAUACGACAGAUUCAUCAACCCGGAUGGCACCAAAAAGGAAUUCUAUAAGAAUGGGAAACUGCUGAAACAUUACAUUAUGCCAUUCGGGGGUGGAUCUACCAUGUGCCCCGGGCGCUAUUUUGCUGUCAGUGAAAUGAAGAUGUUUGUGAUCUUGAUGCUUGUCUACUUUGACGUGGAGCUGGUGAAUGCCGAAGAGGACAUGCCGCCAACAGACGAAGCACGGUGUGGCUUUGGGGCUGCCAGUCCUUCCCACGAUAUCCAGUUCAGGUAUCGUCUGAGAUGCUCAGAUUAAAGAAAUUUAAACUUGGUAAUAUUUUGCCUUGCAUCUCUUUAUUCUGAUUGAAUCUCAGAAGGGAAAAAUAUCAUUGAAAAAAUCUUUACAAAAUGUGAGUGAGAGGUUUGGUUGUGUUGUUUUGCAAUUUCAAGUUUGAUUUCAUCUUUAGACUGACAUAAAAUUCUAUCUUUAGACUG